AUGGCGGCGCCGGCGCCCACGGGCCCCGAGGACGACGCCUGGGCCGUCCUAGACGAGCUGUCUCGGAACUUCACGUACUGGGCGCCAGGCCCGGGCAACGGCUCGCUGUCGAGCGCCUGGUAUCGCAGAAACCAGAUUCACCUUUUUGGAGUUCUGCUGGCCAUUUUAGGAAACCUGGUUAUCAGCAUUUCCCUAAAUAUCCAGAAAUAUUCUCAUCUUCAUUUGGCCCAGAAAGAGCACCCGAAGCCAUACUUCAAGAGUGUGCUUUGGCUGACUGGAGUCCUGCUGAUGGCCAUAGGAGAGACAGGCAACUUCGCAGCCUACGGGGUUGCUCCGAUCACUCUGGUCGCACCACUGGGCUGCAUGUCAGUUACAGGUAGUGCCAUCAUUUCUGUUAUAUUUCUAAAAGAAAAUUUGAGAGCCUCAGAUUUACUAGGUAUGACACUAGCAUUUGCAGGAACAUAUUUAUUGGUGAAUUUUGCUCCAAAUAUCACCCAAGCUAUCUCAGCAAGAACAGUACAAUAUUACUUUGUUGGCUGGCAGUUCCUGGUUUAUGUGAUUUUAGAAAUCCUAGUUUUCUGCAUCCUUCUGUAUUUCCAUAAAAGAAAAGGAAUGAAGCACAUUUUGAUCCUGCUCACCCUGGUGGCGCUUCUUGCCUCAUUGACUGUGAUUUCUGUGAAAGCCGUCUCAGGCAUGAUCACCCUUUCUGUGACGGGUAAAAUGCAGCUAACUUACGCCAUCUUCUACAUCAUGCUUGUCAUCAUGAUAGCCUCUUGUGUUUUCCAAGUCAAGUUCCUGAAUCAAGCCACAGAACUCUACACGAUGACCACAGUGGUGCCAGUCAACCAUGUUUUCUUUACAACCAGCGCUAUCAUCGCAGGCAUCAUAUUUUACCAGGAAUUCCUUGGUGCUGCUUUUCUCACUGUAUUUAUAUAUCUUUUUGGGUGCGUUCUGUCAUUCCUUGGAGUAUUUUUAGUGACAAGAAAUAGAGAAAAGGAACAUCUACAACAGUCUUUUAUUGAUUUUGGGAAUAUUCCUGGGAAACAAAUGUUGGACACAAUACAACCAGACCCAAAUGGCUUAUCCUAUGGAACCUUGCCUGAUGGAGGUGACCCAACAAGGGGCCAGUGUGGAGAGAAGAAAGAAGCCUAGGUUGCCAAGAGGGAUGGCUGUUGGCCUGCUAUUCAAUACCACCUUUUAAAGGAUUGCACAUGUUCGCUCUGUGUCAGCAGCUAUUUCACGCUGACAUGUGCGCGUAUUCGAUUCACUCUUCUCCCCCACUGUGGACAAUCAGGGCCCUCCUAAUCUCCAACAGUCUAAUGCUUUCAUGGAAUGUAACUCCGAGUGCUCCCCACACCCUGCAUUCUCCCUGGCGCUCAUCUCACUGGCUGGAUCUUAAUGAGAGCCUGGCUGCUGGAGCAGGAAUGUCACACAAAAAUGUGCACUCGAGAUUUGGCCAUAGAAGGCAGAGGUCGCUUUCCAUGUGGCUUGCAGAAUCUGCGUGUUGGCUUCAAAAACACCCUCUCGUGCUCCAGCCUUAGUCUCUGAAGGAAGAUUUGAUGUGCUUUGUUCUUGGGCACCUCUGUGAACCUCUCUUAAGGAACUCCUUCUUCUAUGUUGUAUGGCAAGUCACUGUCUCAGCCAAUUCUGUUAAAAUCUUCCUUUGAAAAUAAAGAGCCUCAUUGCAAAAUUGA